UCUGCCCGGGCCGUAUUCAUAGAAACAGAUCCCGCACUCCUCCAUGUUUAUCUCUGGCCCCAGUGCCCGUAUCUCAGGAUGAAGUCUAUAUUGAUCUUCCCAUUCGCUCAAUGAUCCCAGCUGAUUGGAUCCAGGAUGAUCCCGAUGAUGAUGGGGAUAAUGUCCCACCACCACCACCUGACCAGGCAGCACCGCCAUCACCUGAUGAGGCAGCACCGCCUCCACCUGACCAGGCAGCACCGCCUCCACCACCUGACCAGGCAGCACUGCCACCUGUCCAGGCGGCACCACCACCUCACCGGGCAGCACCACCGGACCAGGCACCACCACCUAACCAGGGGCUCAGUGUAGGCACAUAAACUGAACAUGCCUACUAUGACCAGACUGAGCUCCUGGUCACCCUGGUCCACCAGGUCAAUGCCAUGCCCCAGGAUCUGGGAGAGGUCAGGGAUAUUGUGGAGUCCCUGCAGAGGGUAAUUGCUCCUCCUCCUCCUCCUCCACUGUAAUUUAUUGU